GCGCUGGCGCUGCUGGCGCUGGCCCUGUGCGCGCCCGGGGCCCGGGGCCGGGCGUUCGAGUGGUACGCCGCCGUGGUGAGUACCGAGUACGUGGACCGGCAGACCAACCAGACGGUGUGGAGCGUCUCAGAGAGCGGCCGGUUCGGCGACAGCUCGCCCAAGGAGAGAGCGCAGGGCCUCGUGGGCGUCCCGCUUGGGGCCGACCUGGAGGGCUGCGCGCCAGACACUCGCUUCCUCGUGCCCGCGCCCGGCGGCGGAGGCGCGCCCUGGGUCGCCCUAGUGGCGCGCGGGGGCUGCACCUUCAAGGAUAAGGUGCUGGUGGCUGCGCGGAGGAACGCUUCGGCGGUGGUUCUCUACAACGAGGAGCGCCACGGGAACCUCACGGGACCCAUGUCCCACGCGGGAACAGGAAGUAUAGUCGUCAUUAUGGUUAGCUACCCGAAAGGAAGAGAAAUUUUGGAUCUUGUGCAAAAAGGGAUUCCAGUCAGAAUGACCAUAGGGGUUGGCACCCGUCACGUACAGGAGUUCAUCAGUAGUCAGUCUGUGGUGUUUGUGGCCAUUGCUUUCAUCACCAUGAUGAUCAUCUCAUUAGCCUGGCUAAUAUUUUACUAUAUACAGCGUUUCCUAUAUACUGGCUCUCAGUUUGGAAGUCAGAGCCAUAGAAAAGAAACAAAGAAAGUUAUUGGCCAGCUUCCACUUCAUACUAUAAAGCACGGAGAAAAGGGAAUCGAUGUUGACGUUGAAAAUUGUGCAGUGUGUAUUGAAAAUUUUAAAGUAAAGGAUGUUAUCAGAAUUCUCCCAUGCAAGCAUAUUUUUCAUAGAAUAUGCAUUGACCCUUGGCUUUUGGAUCACCGCACGUGUCCAAUGUGUAAACUUGAUGUCAUCAAAGCCCUGGGAUAUUGGCUAGAGCUUGAGGAUGGGCCUGAGAUCCCCGCUCCAGAUCCUACGCCAGGAAGUGUUUUGGCUGCUAAUUUGAAUAUUAUUGUACAAGAGGAGGACAGAAGUGAUGUGACCAACUUACCAUCAUCUUCCACUAGUGAGUCUGUGCCACAGUGUGAUGCCAGUUUUAAGGAAGAUGCAGGUGAAAACACAGCCUUACUAGAAACAGGCAGGCGAGACCUUCAGCAUGGAGGACCAUUGUCCUAGCGUACGUCCCAUGGAUGCAUUAGGCAGAACUUUGGCUUGAAAUAAAGGAUGUUUUAACUUUUUUUUAUUUUUACUUUAGCACAUGGCUUGUAUAUUUGAAAAUAAUGUACAUUCUUUUAUCUUCCGGAUUCUGAUUUGAUAUACAAAAGUCUAAGAUAUUUUAUUCUUACAAAGACUGAUUGGUUUUCAUAUAUUUACCUACUAAAGUAUAUCAUUUACAAUGAACAAUCAUUUAGUUUAUCACAGAGACCACUAGGGAGGCGUCCUAGUCUCAAGGGGAGGUGAUGUUUCUCAGUGUUAGGAUAGUGUCUGUGCUACUGUGGAAACAAAUUAACUCUGUUUCUACAGAGUAGUUAUAAACUAAAAACACUUAAGACUAGUUGAAAUGGAGUUUUGGAAUUAAAUUUAGUAAUCAGUCAUAUGAGUUUUCUCUAGAGGAAAAACUAUUUUAGAACGUAAUGCUUGUAAAUGACAUGAAAGAAAUGUAUAGCUUUCUUGCACUUCUGUGUUAAAUAUGUUGGUUUCAAAACCUGAGGAUAUUUUGCAUUGUUUUCUGUUUGGAAUUAGGAAAACACUAGAUGUCUUUAGGAUUUGCAUUUUCCCCUGUUUAACUUCUUGAUGGGGAGUGAAAAUUGUUUGAUUUUUUUCUACAAAUGAAAAACCAAGAUUCUGUAUUGCACAUGAGCAUUAAGUUCUUCAUUGCCUUGUAAAGGAACCCAUAUAGGCGUCCUAUGACUUUGGGUAAAUGAUGAAUAUAUAUGGUACUAAGUAUACGUUACCCUUUACAAUUAAAAGGCAAUGAAGACUUUGAUUUUUAUUGUAGCAAAAAUAAUUUUAAAACAGGCUUAAUUCUACUCAUUUCUUUUUCUUAUUUUUAGGUUAAAGAAGCAGGCUAAUGUAAAGCUUUUGGAGAUGGCUCUGUUUUGUAAAGUAACUAUAUAGGUAAACAUACAUAUACCCUCUCAACCUCUGAGAGGUAAAAGUCAAGAAUGAGGGAAGAGUUAUUAAAAACUCAAAAUUGUAGUCUUUGGUUGCUUCUACACUAGUUAUUGUCUACAUUCUUUAUUUUGUGAAUUUAAAAAAAUGAGAAAAUAUAUAAUUUAAAGUAUAAUCAAAUAUAAGAUAGAAAAGUUUAGUGCUUUUUUUUUCAAGCUAUUUAACACAGUUUGAUUCUAGCUACUCAUAGUGAAAUGCUUGUUGAGUAAAUUUACUUAAAUUGCAUAUCUGGAGUCAACGUGAGGAGCUGUUGAAUAGAAAAUGACGUGCUUGGGACACUAGACAAGCAACCUCAAAAGUGUAGGUUCUCAUGGUGGCCAUUAUCUUUGAAAUCUUUUUUUUUGUGGUUCAUGGCAUUUAGGAAGCCGUGCCCUUAAUUCUAUUUGGCCUGUGUGUUUUAAGAAGCAUAUUAGGGAGAAAUGCUGAACUUGAUCAUUCUUCUUGGUAGCCAGUGAAGCUGACUUUUAAAAAGAGUACCAUGACAGAGCAAGGUAAAUUGGUUUUGAUAGUUAUAAAAGUCAUUUCUUUAUCAGCAGCUGUCAUAUAGCUUUUCUUAUUUCAAAAGUUUGAACACUUAAUUAUAUAUAGCAGACUGGAAGAAUUGUAGUCUCAUCUCUAGAAACACAAGUUUUUAAUAGAAAAAGAAUCUAGCAAUAGUAGAAAACACUUCAAUUAUCAAAAGGGAAAGUUUCCUUUAGUAGAAAAUGUUUCUUAGAUGGAAAUAAACAUGAUAAAGAAUGGUCCUAUGUACCACAUUUUUUUCUGAAACAGAGUUGAUAAGAUGCUACAAAUAUGGCAAAUGUAAAUGAAAAGCAGAGAUUUAAGAGAUGUCCUGUUUAUGGUGUAAUCGUUUUCCGUCAAGUAGUUCUCAUAAAAAUCAUUGUUUCACCUAUGUAGAAAAACUCUUUUUUAACUAUGAAAGUCACAUGCAGCAUGUCAAUGAGAUGGUGUGUCCCAGAAUGUCAAGUGCUCUCGUCCACUGCCUGCCUGUGUGCUGCUUCUGGGCUUUUCAUCAGAAAACUUCAAAGACCUGGAUUAGAGGUGGAGAAACACGGCACCUCUUGGCAGGUAAUAUGAAGAUACUAAAGGUAGAAACUGGAGCUAAAAAUAUUCAGAGAAUUCAAGAUGUGAUUUUUUUUAACAUGAUAAAUUGAUGCCAUCUGAUUAGUUAUAAGUUGAUUACAGUUAUGAAUCCAGGACAAGUUUCUUUUGCUGCAUGUAGACUGUCAUCUUUUAAACAUGCUUAAUGAAGUACCUUUUACUGGUGUCAUAAAUGUAAAUCUUGACUCAGGUUUUUAUUUAUAAAAUGUUCUAAUUAUGACAACUAUUUUUCUAACGCAGUAAAUCUAUGAUAGUAUCAUUAACUGUCAAAUAAACUCAGGAGGCAGUUACUGUCACUCUCACUUUACAAGUGAGAAAACAGACCUGUACAAGAGCUAGUGCCUUGCUCAAAAGCAGCUAAGCACAGCUUUGCAGCUAACAGUUCAGGUGUGAGCUAGGUUGCUUAAGUUAAUGUAACUUCUACUUUUGUGUUGGUUUAUCUAAAAUAAAUUUUAAGACCUUUCAAGUA